CCCCAUCCUGUUAGAUAAAGGAUAUUUAGUUGUUCUUUUUAAAUUAAGGAAUUAUUGAUUGAACGUUUAAAUUAUUUUUCUGUUGAAUUCCGAAGGUGAAAUGGGAGAAACAUUUUCAUGUGGGAUGGUAAAUAAAGAUGAAUACAAAGAUGGUCAAUACUUCAGUGCGCCAAGAGUGCGAGUUCAAAUACUAGACACCAGAAGCAGCAAAGCAGUUUCAACAUUUAUAAAACAGUUACAGUAUGAGAUAAUGCAUCGAAAUCGCAUUGAUCCUGCAGUUAUUGAAAUAUUUACAGAUGUUCUUCCUGAAACAGUUUUGAUUCUCGUGUGCAACAUAGGCCAAGGCGGAUCCACUAAAGCCUUAGUUGAGAAAUGUCUGAAAGAUGUUGAACGUGAUUAUCAUUUUCUUAUAAAGAUUCACUACAAAAGAGUUAUUCUGGUAAUGGUACACGUUAUGAGAGAAGAAACACUUCCAAAGCUACCCUCUAGUGGUGAAGUAAGAGGCGAAGAAAGUUUGAAGAAAAUUGGAGAGAUUGUUGAUAUGGGUUUCGAUGACGGUAAAAUAUAUCAGUGGGAUAUGAAUACAAAAGCCAUUGAACACAUUUUGCAGUUCUGUAAAGCAUUUCGUUAUUCAGACAAUAAGGAAAGUCAAGACGAUAAUACAAUAGUAUCUGCUUCUAAUAAGCAGACAGAUUCAAUAGUUUCUCCCCCAAAGCCAACAAAUCAUUCAAUGAAUUCUCUCACAAAACAAACAACGGAUACAAUGAUUUCUCCCUCUAAUCAACCGAAAGAUUCAAUGGAUCCUUCCUCUGAUCGGGAGACAAAUCAACACCGACACGAACAAAUUGAGAGUGUGCAAGAAAACAUGAUUUACCUUAAUCGCAAAAGAUAUUCGAGCAAAAAGAUAUAUCUGAUGACUCCGUCUAAUACCAAAGCCCUGACAGAGUUUAUUAAGAUAUUUAAAACCAAAAUUAGGAGUUUUGGAUUUGAUAUUGAUGAAAAGGAGCCAAGUGAAGCUAGAAACCUCGACCCUGAUCUGUUGUUGAUAGUAGUUUGCAAUGCUGCAUCGCGCAUUGAAUCUGACAUCAAGAGUUGCUAUGAUAAAGACUUGCAAGCCGUUGUAAACGACACAAUUUUGAUAGCGCUGCAUGUGAUAACAAAAGGAAAUGAGCCGAAAUUGCCUACAGAGGAUAAACUAGCUGCUGACAGUAUCUUUCACGAUAGUGCACUGGUUAAGAUUAUCGACAUUGCUUUUGAUACUGAAAAUGGAAUGUAUGAAUGUACAAUGAACACAUCUGCAGAAGAUUAUUUUCGUAAUUUUGAUAAAGUUUAACACCACAAACUUAAUAAUAUGAACAUUUAAAUGUAGAUGGUUUGUUUUUUUCCAUUUUUUCUUAUAUUUAAUUUCAUUCUGCACAUCCUUUAUAAUUAUCUUUUAGUAAGAUAACUUGCAGCAAAUGACCAAAAAUUAAAUCAGAUGGUUUCGUCCUUUUUGUAGUUACUCCUGUUUCGUGCUUUUACCCUCCCCCCACCGCCAAACACGAGAACAGACACAGACAAAUUGCGAAACGUGAAACACCGGAAUCAAAGAAACUUUUCAUAAUCGUCUUGAAAUAAUCGUAUAAAAAUAUUUUGUUCUUCUUGACCUUGGUGCCCCUGUUGCUGCUAAUUCAUUUUACCCUUUUUCUUGUUGUUCUUCAAGGUUUAAAUUUAUUUACAUACGCGUUAUUAUAACUGUGUUCGCGAAUUGAGUUUGUGUUUUCCCGUUUGAAAUGAGAAGUGACAUGACGUUUUAGUCCCUUGUUAUAAAUAAUAAAUAAAGCAUUGAACCGUUUAUUCAUCCGAUAUACUGUAUUAAAUUAUAUCUUUCACACAAGAGUAGGAUUUUUUUCGAAGUUUUGUUUGAUUGUUUGGCCACUGGGUUCAAGGUCAAAGAUGCUUUCUAAACCGCCUUUGACUGGGUGGUUAAAGUCGUUCACUGCAGCGCUGUGUGUUCGACUCGAUUGUGAAGUGUUCCAUGUCAGAAAGCUGUCAAAUUAGCUUACUCGGGAGCCGAUCGAUUAUGUCUGUAAUAAUGCAUUCAGGUGUAUUUCCAUUUAUAAAGAUAGAAAGAUGUUGUACGACCACCAUUGUGGCUAUUAGCCCUCCCUCUUAAAAUAAAUUGUGCUUAAAUUACAUUGCUUCCAUUUGUCCAUACAGCCUUCAAUCUAUUUCUUGAAAAAUGUAUAUAAUGUAUGCAAAUGCCUAAAAUAUUAGCUUCUACCGUUUUGACUAAGUUUUAGGGGUGUCUAAACGUCA